AUGGCACAACCCAAGGGGGCGCCAACCCAGACAGGGAAGACCACGCCAGUGAUCAACCCACUCAAAGCAGCAGCAGGAAGAGAUGUUGAUGGAGGCGGGGUCACCAGAGAGGGGGGCUGGGGAGGAGGGGGGGGUGUCCUGCUCUCUCUGUGUCUGAAGCAGGUGUCCCCUAAGUACACCAAGCAGUUCAGCUACCUGCGGACCGUGGAGCGCAUUGCUGCCCUCUUCUUGCGGUUCUUGGGGGUCAAAGGUAACAUGCGCCUGGGGCCCACCAACUUCAGAACCUUCAUCAGGAACUGUAAGCUGAGCAACAGUAACCUCUCCAUGGCGUCUGUGGAUAUCGUCUACAUUGACAUAACAAGGCGCUGGGCCAACAUGCUGCCUGACUCCAGGGAAGCAGGCAUGAGUCUCCAGGUGUUUGUGGAGGCUUUCUUCUACCCGGCCCAGCGCAGGUUCAAGUCUCUCUGCUGGAGAUGUGUGAGGCUCAGCUGGAGAACCAGGGAGUAGGGGGUCCUGGAAGAUCUCUUCCUGAGAACAGCACCUAGUCCAACAGGCGCUCUGUGAGCUACAGUAGGACCCACCCCGGCAGGACUCACCACCCCCACCAUACAUCCACCCCAGGCCAGGCCCUGUCAGCCCCCCAGCUCUGCUCCCCGGCCAACCUGCGCAGGGCCUCCUCCCAGGACUACCGGCUGCAUCAGUGAUUACGACCCCCCCACACACACAAGGCCAAUGUAGAGAACUGACCUGACUCAGGGCCUCCUCCCAGGACUACCGGCUGCACCAGAGACUACGACCCACACACACACACAAGGCCAAUGUAGAGAACUGACCUGACUCAGGGCCUCCUCCCAGGACUACCGGCUGGACCAGAGACUACAACCCACACACACACACAAGGCCAAUGUAGAGAACUGACCUGACUCAGGGCUAAGAAGCUGUACUCCCACACACAGACCUCACAGAGGAGCACACAGACUGACUCCCUCUCCACUGGAAGUCCUCCAGGGUGUACUGUCAAGAGCAGACAGACAGAUUUUAGAGAGCUGACCUCAGAGGCUGACUUCCAGGAGACCUGUUCUGGGCUUGAUUACUUUUCCUUGUGAAGAGGAGAAGGGGGGGAGGAAGGUAGUGCAUAAGGUGCUUGAGGAAGUGGGUGAACAAAGGAUGAAGGUAUAUAGAGGGAUAGAAGGGAGUUUGUUCUCUAUUGGUGUGA